CGGCGCUCUCGCACGGCGGCGGCGACGUCGAUGGUGGCGGUGACCGGCACACCACGGCCGACGGACACACGACGAAUAUUAUACGAUGAUAUCGUCGCAAUAAUGUUAUGCGGAAAAGCGUUGCGCCGCCGGUGAAAACGAGAAAAACGAUAAGGACGUCGGCUUUGAGAUCGCGCCGGAUGUGAGUAUACAUGGUAACACGUAUCGAAUAAACAAGAAAUAUGAAGCGUCAGAAUGUGCGCACACUGUCUCUAGUAGUUUGCACGUUUACAUAUUUGCUAGUGGGAGCUGCUGUGUUCGAUGCAUUGGAAUCGGAAACUGAGAGAAAAAGAUGGAAUCACCUUUUAGAAUUAAAGCAAGCUUUGGUGAGAAAAUACAGCAUAAGCGAAGAUGAUUACAGGAUGAUGGAGGUUGCUAUCAUCGAAAAUAAGCCUCACAAAGCUGGACCACAGUGGAAAUUUGCGGGCGCAUUCUAUUUCUCCACAGUCGUUUUGGCUAUGAUUGGUUAUGGACAUUCGACACCAGUGACAAUUGGUGGAAAAGCAUUUUGUAUGGCAUACGCUAUGGUGGGCAUACCAUUAGGACUUAUUAUGUUCCAGAGUAUUGGUGAACGUUUAAAUAAAUUUGCGUCCGUAGUUAUUAGGAGGGCCAAACAGUAUUUAAAAUGUAAAAAGGAAGAAGCCACGGAAAUGAAUCUAAUGUUCGCUACAGGACUGCUGUCGUCGGUUAUCAUCACUACUGGUGCGGCUGUGUUUUCAAAAUAUGAAGGAUGGAGCUAUUUUGAUAGUUUUUAUUAUUGUUUCGUUACACUCACCACCAUCGGUUUCGGAGAUUACGUCGCAUUACAGAACGAUCAAGCUUUGAUGACAAUGCCCGGGUACGUGGCGCUUAGCUUGGUGUUCAUUUUGUUUGGACUCGCCGUUGUUGCCGCCAGCAUCAACUUGUUGGUACUGCGUUUCAUGACCAUGAACGCAGAGGAAGUGAGGCGCGAGGACAACGAGCUUCAGGGCGUGUCGCAGCACGUAAUCACCGUCGACGGCGAAGCGGUGACGUCCGUCAACGGCAAACUGUUGGCCGGGCACACGGUCGGCCGGGACGCGGGCGACGACGUGGACCAGGUGUCCGUGUGCUCGUGCACGUGCGUGGGACCGGUGCAGUACGACUACAACCGGGACAUACGGCCGGCGGAACGGGCGGCCGCCAACGCCGCGGCCGCGGCCGCCGUGGUCUACAGCAGCCCGCCGACCGAUCAGCCACUGCUGUCCUUGAAGAGGGUGUCCAUAUAAAAAGUCGGCGGCGGCGUAGUGUACCUACGGUUGUGUAUAUAUAUAGAGAAAGACGUAUUAUUAUAUAUUCACCCCCUCCCCCCACAACUGUCCCACUACCCGCCACGAAACGUCGUACGGCCCAAAGCCUUUUCGUUCGGUCACUGCGGCGGCACGGCGUUCGGUCCGAAACGUAAGCGUAGACACGUAUUUUAUCUCACGGGGCCGCUCAAAAGUCUUUCGCGGAUUUCGAAAAUUGAUAUAUAUUUUAAAUUCACGACGACGCAGCAGUGAAGUGAAAAAAAAAACAACCUAGUUUCGACAGUACAGCACCGUCCGCCCCGGCACACGUCUUCACGGUAGGUAUUCAAAAUACGGUACCGUUUUUCAUGCGAGUCCAUUUCGGCGGGCUAACCGACGAUAGUCCGUCCAUUCGCGCGUUUGUCGGCAACGUAGGUACGCAAAACAAAACAUUAAACGAAAACUAACUCGGCUGUCUUUUAUGUUUACAACAACGGUAUGUAGUUGAAGGCUUUUGAAUCGCCCUGUAUAUUUUCACCCAACAUAUACACAUAGUUUUCUAUUAAUAACCAUAGUACACGCGUCUUGCGGUUGACAUCGCGUCUAUGGAAACUCGAGCAGUACGCUUUGCUCUUGUUUUACAUCAAAAUACGUUUUUUUUUUUGAAUCGAUUCCUUUUUUUUCGUUAAUUCUGAAGUUUGAGAGAAAAUAUUUACGUUUGAGGUUCACUAUCGAUUACAUAAUAUACACGUACGAUACACAGUUAUCGCGGUUGAGAAUACAUUUUUAGUUAUACGGCUCCUCGUUUACUUUUCGCCUGCCUAAUCGCGUUAUCUUAUUCAUCAAAACGUAGGACGUGUCAAUUAUUAAUUUUUACGAUUGAACCUUUUUGUUAUGCGCUAUUUUAAAGCAAACAUAUUUUUCAUUAUCUCUAGAAUACCAGAGUUUUAAUUAAUUUUAAUUGUGUAACUCGUGUUAUUCGUCUUAAACUGCUAUCGAACGAUAAUCACCGUUAGUUUACCAUAUUAUUAUAAACGUCCUCCUUGAACUAAUCGAUGUAAUACAGCUUUCGUUUACGGAAAUUUAUGUCACAGUAAUCGGCAAGUGAUUGACGCCGACGACGGUCAUUUACCGAUAACAUACACUUAAAAUUAUUUAAAAACAAUUUGCGUUCAUAUUACAAACGGCUAAAACAUCUCAAUAUCAUAUUUGUAUUUUCCAUCACGGUUGUAGCGGACCUAUAUGGUUGUAUAGUUGCUUACAUUCGAAAACUUUAUUAUUCGAUCUCGUUUAUAUGACUUUAAAGCAGAGUGUUACAUAAUACUAUUAAUAAUAUAAUGUUAUUAUUUGUGUGAUCACGACGACGGAUAACUUGACAUACGCAAACCCAUUUAAAUCACGAACAUUGUUUUCAUUUCAAUUACAACCGUAUUAACUGUAACAGUUUUAAAUCCCCGGGCUUACAAUUGGACAUACUCGUAUUACCUUUUCCCGUUUUUGUUUUAAAAUGUUAACCGCCUAUAGUCAUUUCAUGAAAAUGUAUUAAACAAUAGAACAUAAAAACGUAUAAACUGUAAAUGAGUUAAACGAAAACUCAUUAUUUAUUGUUUAUAUAUUGUAAAUCGCAACGAAUAACAUAUAAUUAUAUUAUUAUG